CGUAAUAAUUUUACCAAAUAAAGAUAUUUUAUCAUACAAAGCGCAGCGUUAUUUUUGCAUUUCCGCACACGACACCUCCAUUAAAACACACAUCUGAAUUCUCAACUAACUCCAUUAAUCUCAUUACACUCUUCAAUUAAGCUUUUUGAGGAGAGAGAAAAUUGUGUGAACGAAAAUGAUGAAGGGUAGAACAACAAUGGAAGUCGGAGCUGAUGGUGUUGCUGUAAUCACCAUUAUCAAUCCUCCUGUUAAUUCUCUUUCUCUUGAUGUGUUACAAAGCUUGAGAGCGAGCUUUGAUGAGGCAUUAAGAAGAAAUGAUGUCAAGGCAAUUGUAGUUACAGGUGCUAAGGGAAAAUUUUCUGGUGGUUUUGAUAUCACUGCUUUUGGUGGAAUCCAAAAGGGAAAGACUGAAUCACCUAAGCGUGGUUAUGUGGCAGUGGAGGUUCUCACUGACAUAGUCGAAGCUGCAAGAAAACCUUCAGUUGCUGCUAUUGACGGCUUAGCCUUAGGUGGAGGUCUAGAGGUUGCUAUGGCUUGCCAUGCUCGGAUAUCCACCUCUAAUGCACAACUGGGUUUGCCUGAACUUCAGCUUGGAAUAAUUCCUGGAUUUGGAGGAACCCAGCGUCUUCCUCGGCUAGUCGGACUCUCUAAAGCUCUUGAAAUGAUGCUGACUUCUAAGGCAGUCAGAGGUUCAGAAGCCCAUGAUUUAGGACUUGUCGAUGCAGUAGUCCCAGCCAACGAAUUGCUUAGUACUGCUCGUCGCUGGGCCCUUGAAAUUGUAGAGCGUAGAAAGCCUUGGGUUUCAAGUCUUUAUAAGACAGACAAGUUAGAGCCACUUGGAGAGGCAAGAGAGAUUUUAAAAUUUGCUAGGGCACAGGCCCGAAAGCAAGCUCCAAAUCUCAGGCACCCUCAGGUUUGUAUAGAUGUUAUUGAAGAAGGCAUAGCUUCUGGACCUCGUGCUGGCUUGUGGAAGGAGGCUGAUGCUUUUGAAGAACUUCUCCGUUCCGACACUUGCAAGAGUUUGGUCCACAUUUUUUUUGCUCAACGAGGAACAUCAAAGGUCCCUGGUGUGACUGACUUGGGUCUUUCACCAAGACGGAUAAAAAAGGUUGCUGUUAUUGGUGGUGGUCUGAUGGGUUCUGGAAUAGCUACAGCAUUGAUUCUUAGUAGCUAUCCUGUUGUAUUAAAAGAAGUGAACAAUAAGCUUUUAGAAGCGGGUAUUGGCAGAGUGAAAGCUAACUUGCAAAGCCGGGUCAAGAAAGGGAAAAUGACCGAGGAGAAGUUUGGAAAGACCAUGUCGCUUAUUCAAGGAUCUCUGGACUAUGACAACUUUAGAGAUGUGGAUAUUGUCAUAGAGGCUGUCAUUGAGAAUGUUUCCUUGAAGCAACAAAUUUUUGCUGAUCUAGAGAAGUUUUGUCCUCCGCAUUGCAUACUUGCAAGUAAUACCUCUACUAUUGAUCUUAACCUUAUUGGUGAAAAGACUCGGUCUCAAGAUCGAAUUGUUGGAGCUCAUUUCUUUAGUCCUGCUCAUAUCAUGCCCCUAUUGGAGAUUGUCCGUACUCAAAAGACUUCUCCCCAAGUAAUAGUUGAUGUGCUAGAUCUUGGAAAAAAGAUAAAGAAGACACCGGUCAUUGUUGGAAACUGUACGGGGUUUGCUGUCAAUAGAAUGUUCUUCCCUUAUACACAAGCAGCUAUGCUACUUGUUGAGCAUGGCACAGAUUUAUAUAAGAUUGACAGAGCAAUUACAAAGUUUGGAAUGCCAAUGGGUCCAUUUAGAUUGGUUGACCUUGUUGGGUUUGGAGUAGGCAUUGCAACUGCCAUGCAAUACAUUGAGCAUUUCCCUGACAGAACCUACAAAUCUAUGAUUAUCCCUCUUAUGCAAGAAGAUAAAAGAGCAGGUGAAUCAACUCGUAAAGGGUUCUAUCUGUACGAUGAUAAGCGCAAGGCUAGCCCAGAUCCUGAAUUAAAGAAAUAUAUUGAGAAAGCAAGGGAAAUUUCUGGGAUUAGUGUUGAUCCUAAGAUAGCAAACUUACCUGAGAAGGACAUAACAGAGAUGAUAUUUUUCCCUGUUGUCAAUGAAGCUUGCCGAGUCCUGGCAGAAGGAAUUGCAGUGAAAGCAUCAGAUUUGGAUAUUGCUGGUGUCAUGGGCAUGGGGUUUCCCCCAUACAGAGGCGGAAUCUUGUUCUGGGCCGACAUGCUGGGAUCUAAGUACAUUUAUUCUAGGCUGGAGGAAUGGUCUAAACAAUACGGAGGGUUCUUCAAGCCUUGUACAUACAUGGCUGAGAAGGCUGCCAAGGGGGCUCCACUGAGUUCUGGACCAAUGGAACAAGCUAAAUCGCGGAUGUAAAGCAGAACAGAUUUGGACGUGGCUGAUUGGAUUCUCUCUGUUUAUCAUACCACACUUCAGCAUCCAUACAUAAGGUUGUUUGGACCAUAUGCAACAAGAAAAUAAUCUCUUGGGAGGUUCUCUGGAAUAAGAAUUAGGUAGAGAUGCAUAUUAAUCAAGAUUUGUGAGGCUAAAGAGUCCUUUAUGAUACAAAGCUGUUAUUAUAUGCCUUAUAAAACAUAAUAUAUUCGAUAGCUAAUUAAGUCAUUAUAUUGUAACUUUGUAAGAAGCAUAUGUGACUUGGUUAACAAUGCAUUUCAAAGAUUGUAGUUUCAGAUAGAAGUCAUGAAGUUGGACUCUUUGUGCUCAAUUCUUGUGUCGGUAUGCUUAAGAUGAAAAUUAUAAUAAGUGGUUGUAAAUA